CCCGACAUGGUGAUUUUCGGGUGUACGGAGUAUGUGAAGCACGUGAUCGGCGAGGACUUUCUCAACUACCAGGUGGACUUCGAAAAGGUGCUGUUUGGUGAAAACAAAGCUGCAGGAAGUUGUGCUGGUCGUGCAGCUUUUGCAUCUUCAGUGCAACCACCACUCUCUAGCGGUGGUAAGAAGCAGACUGGUAGCGGUUCGACCAGCACGACUCCGGUCAUUUUUGUGCUUUCCUCGAACGCGGCGGAUCCGAGUGCUAUGCUGCACAAGUAUGCAGCGAUGCUUAGUGCCGCAGCGACAACAACACCGCCACACACGACGACCACGACGAGUAAACCAACUUCAAGCGCAACUGCAAAUGCAGCACAACUGCAGCCACACAAAGUGAAGUUGGAAGUUAUUUCCCUCGGGCAGGGACAGGGGCCGCGGGCCCACAGGAUGAUCGAGCAGGGACGGAGGGAGGGGAAGUGGAUACUGCUGCAAAACUGCCACCUGUGCAAAAGCUGGAUGCCAAGUUUGGAAAAGCUUGUGGAUGUCAUCCAGGCAGACGGCGGGGAGAAUACUGGUAGAUAUUUUCAACGCUUUUUUUUGUUGUUUAGCACAUCUCAUCGGGGAUGUUGUCGGCCCCACGGAUAGCAGGAUUGAAGCAGAUGCACCAGUUCGAGCAUGCGCGAUGAAAAGCAAGCGUUUAUUUCAGUACUUAAUUUCUUGCGUCGCAUCAGUCAAAACAUAAACAGAUCCGAACUUCCGCCUUUUUCUUACCUCGAUGCCGUGCGACUACUUCCCCGUCAGCCUCCUUCAAAAUGCGGUCAAACUCACUACCGAGGCGCCGAAGGGCGUGAAAGCGAAUCUGCAGCGGUCGGUGAAAUCCAUGUCCGAUGAGCUGGACAUGCAGCUGUUCAAAGACCUCAAUUCCGAGAUGCACCUGUUCGCGCAGAAGCAACAAAAUCUCGAAGUAGAUGGUGCAACGUCGACCACUAGUCCCUACGCGGCCCAGCUGCUCGACCAGAAGAAGAAACACACCCGGUUGUGGCAGAAGCUGCAGCUGGGCAUGCGGUUUUUUCACGUCCUGAUUCAGGAGCGGAGGAAGUUCGGGCCCCUCGGAUGGAACGUGAAGUACGACUGGAACGAAAGCGAUCUGGAAAUCGCACUGGCCAAUGUGAAAAACGAACUACUAUCGUGUGCGGAUGUUGCGAUCAACAUGGGAGGUGGGAAUAAUAUUAAAGCCUCAUCAACAUCAACUGGGGCGUCUUCUGGUAGUGCGUCAUCUGUGAUGAACACUACGAUGAACGCAAAGAACGCCUUGUCCAACCUGAUUUCGUGGGACACGUUGCAGUUUGUGAUCGGUGAAAUUAACUACGGUGGGCGGGUCACGGACGAAUUCGACUUGCGGCUCCUGAAAGCGAUUCUGGAGGUAUAUUUGACUCCCAGCUUGCUGAAGGCAAACUACAAGUACUGCGGACUUUUCAAGCUGCCGCCGCCACAAGGGGUUGGUGCGACAAACUCAGCCGCAAGUGAGCAUGAGAGAAAUGCUUCGAAAGCAGGCGCACUUCUCUCGGGGAGUAAAGCUGCAAAAGAAACUGCAGAAAAGACCGCAAGUCAACAUCAACAGCACCUGUACAGUGUCUCCCAGUUCCUGGAUUUCAUCGAGGCCCAGAUUCCGGACGUAGACACGCCGGACAUGUUUGGACUGCACCCGAAUGCGGUCAUCACGUACCAGCAGCGCGAGUCUGAUCUACUGCUGGAAACAAUUCUGAAAAUGCAAAGUGAAGGUGUGGGUGGAGGUACAACUAGCACCGUGGCAACAUCGAGUGGUAGUUCUACUGAUGCGACUACGGGAGGGACUACCAGCGCACUAGAAGUUCAGGGCAAGAACGAUGUGGAGCAAAAUAAGUCCAGCAGUGGGCCUGGGCCUUCCACCUCCGACACAUCGCGAAAGGACGGCGCGCCCGCGGCAAACCCGGUUUUGCGGAUCGUGGAGCAUUUGCUGGAGAACAAACUGGCCAACGUGCCGCUGUUGGACACGAACUGCGUGCUAGCGCUGCUGGAGAAAAACAACAACGUACGGAACAGGAUUACUGGAACUGACGACGGCAGCACAAGUAGAAACGAGAAGGACACAUCGAGUCCCGGGAACAAAAACAGCCCCCGCCGCGGUAGCGCCGGACUGAACACUGGUUUGAAGGGAAGUCCGUCCCUGACCGCGCCGACGUCGCCGCUUUCCGCCAGACGCCGGAGUCAGAUUAUGGCAGCCGCAGCGGCUCCUGGAGGGGGUGAUAGUGGAACAGGGCAGGAUCAAAAAAGUCAGGAGCUUCUGCUUCUUACCGGAACUGCGAGUAAGGCAAAGGAUAGUGUGAAUCUUCAAAAUGCAAAGCAUCAGCUCCAAAAUGUAGUUGACAAAAAGCUGCACAACGGCAACAGCGCAGCCACACCGAAUUUUAAGCAAGCUAAAACUGGAGGGAAAAUAAACGACAGUCCUGCAUCAAGUCCGAGCGCAGCACACCAGUCGCCUUUUCGCGACUACGCAACUCACCCGGUCAGCGAGUCCAAGGCGAUCUCCUCGCUGUUGACCUGCUUGUACCAGGAGGCGACGAGGGCCAACAAGCUUUUCCUGGAGAUUCGGACCAGCCUGCAGCAACUGCAAAAGGCGCUGCUCGGUUACCAAGUCAUGACGAGCGAGCUGGAGCAGACCGGGAACGAGUUGGCGCUGUUCCAAAUUCCGGAGCAGUGGCGGAAGAUUGCGUACCCGACUUGCAAAAAGUUGGAGUCCUUCAUCGACGAUUUCUUGGACCGCCUCGACUGGUUUGGCAAACAGUGGAUCAAUUCGCUCGUGAAGAAGCACUUGCGCGAGGUAGUGGCGAAUCAGCACAAGAGCGGUGCUGGUAAUUCGCAGAGUAGUCAUCUUCAUUAUGCGGCCUUGAGCUUGCGCCAGAUCACACCGAAAGCGUUCUGGCUGUCCGCUUUCUUCUUUCCCCAAGGGUUCCUAACUGCGGUGCUCCAAGCCUGUGCCAGGUUGUAUUCGACUUCAGCGAGCACAACGUUAGGUGGAAAUAAUAACAGCCUCGGGCCGACGGUUCUGAGAAGCAGCAGAGAAAGCAGCAAGACUAGCUUCAAUCGACCGGCUGUGCAAGGUGGAACUGCUCCUUCCUUGCACCAGUCCGGAUCUUCACCGAAUUAUGAUCAGCACCACCGUGUUGAUCCUCAAAGCAUGAUAUCCAUCGACAACUUGGUGUUUGAGUUCCAGCCGGGCGAGUUUUCCGAUCCGGCGGAGCUCCAGAGAGACGAGCUGGAGAUGAUCAAAUCGGAUUUUUUCGAGUGCGGAAUCCUCGUCUAUGGCCUGUUCCUCGAGGCAGCGCAGUGGGAUUUCGCGCAGUUGCUGUUGCAAGACCAGGACUUCGGGACCAUGUACAGUGCGGCGCCGUGCAUUCAAUUCCAGCCCACUCUGGUCAUCUCGGGAAGGCGAGACGGGGUGCUGUCCGGUGACGGGGUGACGAGAAAUCAUCAGACCGGCAGAGGUGGACCUGCUGGUGGGCGGGGAGUAGGCGAUGGGUUCGACGCCGAACGACCGGGCAGUGUUGAUUUGAUCCCUACAACCGCGUUCCCGCGGAUCAAGUACUCUGAUCUACGAAAUCGCGAAACAGAUGUUGGCGUUUCAGCAAGAGAUAAAUGCUUUUCUCAGCUCGUUGAUACCACGCGUUGCUAUUCGUGUGCUUCGUUUUUUUUUAUUCUAUUGUAGUGUCAGUGUGUCUGUGUCGUGAACACCUACAGAAACACACGACUUGCGUGUGGGCUUUGAUUGCGACCAGGCAACAAAUUUGGGUUUGCAUGCACCAGACUAACAGCAAAUCACAUGCAAAGUCUGUCUUCCGCCGCAUAUGCGUUGUUGCCUGGUGGUAUGUCUACAAAACAAUGUGAGCCUGGACGUUUGUUCCUGCGUGGCAACACGAAGACCAGGAAAAGAAAGCGGUAGAUGCAAGUACCUCAACAAAGUAUCCCAAAUAAGUACCAAAAAACAGGGCUGAGAAGAGAUGACCAAAAUUCGGGAUUUCGUUUUCAUACCAGCAGGAAGAGGACUACCUGUAUUUCCGAUACACAUGUCCCCUGUACAAAACGGUUUCCAGGAAGGACUUUGUGCUGUCUGUCAUGCUUGACACCGACCAGAAACCGAACUACUGGGUGUUGAAGGGAACGGCGAUGCUCACGAUGCUUCCAGAUUAA